UCACCAUCCUAGCAUCGGCCACGGGCGGCAGGCAGGCGAUACAUAGCAGAGCAAGAGGGAACGUGGGCGUGCUCCCCUGCGCCACUGGGCUGAUCAGCCAUGUCGGCGCUCUUUAGCAUGCCCGACCUCCUGACGGUCAUUUUGCUGUUGAUAUGCGUCUGCACGUACGUCAGGGGGUACCGAAAGGGAAUAUUUGAUGUCGAGGAUGGUUCACACAGUGGCCUGCGAGGGUUGUGCUGGAAAGCGGCCCGGGUGGGAGAGCGAUUAAGCCCUUAUGUCAGCGCGGCGCUGCUGGUCAUGGCGGGACGUGUCCUCAUGGACAGUUGAUGCUGCAACUCGACCGCAGCUGAAGAGAGAGGCUCGCUCGUCGAGCAAGAAGAUGUGUCGUCUGUUGUGUAUGUGUCAGGCUCCAACAGCGCAAUAAAAUAGGACCGUUGUAAGUUUGAUGUAAAGGUUUCCAGUGGCGCGACUUGUACCCGCGAGGCAGAGCUUGUGCAGCAGCAGAGCAGCUGUAAACGAGGAGGAGGGCGAGAGAACAAGGAAAGAAGCUGUGUGUGUGUGUCAAGUGCCGAGUGUCGAGUAGUAUCGAAUAACUUGACGGCGGUCGCGUGGCUGUGCUUUCAUCAGGGGGCUCUCCCGAAGAAGUCGGGCAAGCAGCUCUUGCGUUGUCUCUUUUUCGAUAUUGAAUGCCGGGGAUGGGCCGUUUUCGUGUUGAUUGCGAGGUAGCUCCUCAAAGCGCUCGGGAGUAGAAUCAUUUAUCCUGGACUCAAGUUGCCAGACGCUCGUCUAUCGGCGGACAGAAAGUUUUUUUUUGUUGUAGUCAAGACAAGUUAAGAAAGGAGAAAUCCAC